AUGCCAUCCAUCAAUUUAACAAAUAUUCAAGCGACGAACCUCAAUUAUCUUCCUAUCGGCCACGAACUCGCUGGUCCCAAGGAACUUCUCGUCCGCACUCUCCUUGCCUUCAAAGUAAAGCUCGGGGCACCUCGAUUUCAACUGGUACUUCCUGCAGAAAGGAAUCCACGACCCUGCGAAUUUCCAGGCCUCACGCGUGGCGUGAAGCGUCACGUGAGAGCCCCCGUCGUCAUGGAGAUAGACGGCAAGCUUAUCCGGCGGGUAGUCGAGCGACAUAGCCGAAAUGACGGUGUUCAUCACCCCCAGGGACGGCUCCUUGCUGGGAUCGGCCGUGCAUAUGAAUACGUCGACGGGGUGGAGCUUGGCGUCCUCCGGCAGCCUCUCCGGGUACACCGUCCGCUUGACAGGCCUCCACCGAUAGGCCUGGUGCAGGAUCCAGAGGAAGGUGAGAACAAUCUCGGACAGGAUGACGACGAGGUAGGGCACGAGUGGGGUCUCCCCGGUGUGGAUUAUGCGGCGGAGAGUGGUGAAUCUGUAGUAGAAUACGGCGAGAAUCGCGGCCGCAUUGAGCAGCAUGUGGAGCCUGUUGAUGAGGAGGUUCUUCCACAUCACACGGCGGACGUUGAGCGGCUCAGCCAUCGAGAGAUGACGUUGGGAGACUGUAGGAAUAGGUUUAAGAGGAAUGGAUGA